CCGUGCGCACAGCCGGAUUCCGGCCUGGGUGCCGCCCCGGGCGGAGGGCCCUCCUGGGCCGGGAAAACUGCAAUUCCCGGCAUGCGCUGCCACGGAUGCGCCUGCGUACAGGAGCUACCGCGCCGGAGCGGGUUGGUUUAAAGCGCUGUGUUGGUUCCAUGGAAACCGGCCUGACGGCGGAGGGACAGAGCUGCUGGCGGAUACAUGGAGUGUGAGGUGCAUAUGGAAACUACAGUGUCCAGACCAGUCCUCUCUCCAACCCACAUCAAUGCUACAGCUUCUGAAACUUUCACGGUACUUCAGGAAAGGAUGAGAAUAGUUGAGGAACAGACCAGUUCUCUGAGGGAUGACCUAAUAAUGUUGGACUUUGGUGAAAAAAGAGGCCAGCUGGAAAGUCCAAAAUGUUUAGAAGAGCCUGUGAGCCAGAAUAUCAUUAGUCCCAUCCAGAAUGAAGUGAUUUGUUCAGGAAAACCAGAUAUUCUAUGGAAGAACUGUGAGUUUUUGGUAAAUCGAAUGUGCCGUCUGGAAAGCCUCAUCCAAUCCUUAAAGAUGAACAUCUUUCGUCUGCAAACUGAAAAGGAUUUGAAUCCACAGAAAACAGCUUUCCUGAAGGACCGACUAAAUGCAAUACAGGAGGAGCAUUCCAAGGACCUAAAGCUGUUGCAUCUCGAAGUGAUGAAUUUGCGCCAGCAGCUGAGAGAUGUGAAAGAGGAGGAAGACAAGGCACAGGAAGAAGUGCAAAGGUUGACAGCCACCUUGGAGAUUGCCUCAGAGACAAAGAAGAAUGCAGCCAUUAUUGAAGAAGAAUUGAAGACCACAAAACGUAAAAUGAACCUGAAAACUCAGGAGGUUUUUGUGUGGACAUGUUAUCUACUCAUUUGGAUAAUACCUAGAGCACAAUUGCUGGACCAUCUGCUACGGAGACAACUGUCUCAGGAGAAGUACCUAAGGGAAUCUCUGGAGAAAUCUGCGUCAGCCAUGCUUUUCAAAAUACAAGAAAUGGAAUCCACAGUGGAGGUGGAACGGAAACAGGUGCAGAUUUUGCAGCAAAACUGCGUUGCCCUACGCAGUUCUAUACAGACCACCCAAGAUCUGCUGGCACAGGAGCAACAGAAAAAAGGAGAGUUGGAGACUUCUAUCUCUCAGCUCAAGUCUGACCUAAUUUCUAGAGAUGAGGUCAUUUCCAAGUUGGUUGAAGAAAAUAAGAAUGUGCAGAUGUCUUUGAACAAGGAACAUGAAGAAAAUGCAUAUUUGAGGUCUGAAUUAGUAGCCCUUCAUGAAACAUCAGAAAAAGCACAGGUUUCGAAUGACCAGCUGACUAGAAAGUGUUCAGAGCUGAACAGCAUGCUUGAGACUGUUAGUAUGGAAAAUGCCAGAAUUAUUGCUGACCAUCAAGCCAUUCUGCAGGUAGAGAAGAAAAUGAUGACACAGACAUUUCAAGAACAAAACUUACUCCUGGAUGCAGCCCAUGCCAGUAUCACUACGGAGCUAGAGACUGUUCAAAAUGAGAAAAUCCAACUCCAAACACAUCUGGACCAUUUAAUCCUCGAGCAUAAUCAGUGUAUCCAGAAAGCACAGGAUGCUGAGAGGAGGACAGCCUUGCAGAAGGAGCUGCUAGAAACAACUAUUGCAAGACUGCGCGGUGAACUGGAAGCAUCAAUCCAGGAGAAGAAGUCUCUGCUGGAAGAGAAAGAAAGAUUUCAGGGAGAGGUUGAUAAAACAGAGAAAGAAAUAGUGCAAGAAAAAUGCAAUUUGGAAAAGGAAUUAGCCAAAAACAAGAUAGAUAUAAAUGCAUUAACCCAAAACCUGCACAUUCUAGAGGAAAAGAAUAAACACCUGGCGGAACAAAUGGCUUCCCUAGAACUUCGGCAAGUCACUUCUGAUUACAAUGGGCUUGCCCAGCAGCAAGUGGAAAAGGCCUUGGGAAAAAUUACUGAGAGUAAAAAUAAACUGGCCUAUGAAAAGGGAAAACUCCAGAUAAAAGUUAAACAGCUAGAAGAACAACUACAUUCUUUUACUGAAACUAGUUCCCAGAAUGACCAUCUACGCAAGUUGAACAAGGCCCUAGAGAGCAAAUAUGCUCAGGUGAAAUCCAUUCUCGAAAAGAACGAGGAGGAGCUCUCACAAGCCAUGAGGAGCCGGGACGCAGCGCUGAAAGAGAGUCAGAGGUUGAAAGGGGACCUCGAGGCCCUGGAGGACAGAGAGAGCAAGAAGGUGGGAAACUUUCAGCGACAACUGGCAGAGGCUAAGGAGGACAACUGCAAGGUCACGAUCAUGUUGGAGAACGUGCUGGCCUCCCACAGCAAGAUGCAAGGCGCUCUGGAAAAAGUACAGAUAGAGCUGGGGCGGAGGGACUCAGAGAUCGCGGGCCUCAAGAAAGAAAGGGCUCUAAAUCAGCAGAGGGUGCAGAAGCUAGAGGCGGAAGUGGACCAGUGGCAAGCCAGGAUGCUGGUUGUAGAUGCCCAGCACAACAGUGAGAUGGAGCCUCUACAGAAAGCUCUAGAUGUAGCUAGAGAAGACAACAGGAAACUGGCUUUGAGCCUGGAACAAUCUCUCCAGACAAAUAAUCAUCUUCAAACAAAGCUCGAUCACGUUCAAGAGAAAUUGGAAAACAAUGAACUUGAGCGACAAAAUCUGGAAACCUUCAAAGAACGAAUGACUGAGGAAUCCAAAAUGGAAGCAGAAAUGCACGCUGAACGCAUAGAAGCUCUAAGAAAGCAGUUUCAAACCGAGAGAGAAACAGCCAAGAAAGCAGCACAACGGGAAAUGACUGAGCUGAAGAAGGCCCUCGAUGAAGCCAACUUCAGAUCAGUGGAGGUAACCCGGACCAACCGAGAGCUGCGGCAGAAACUGACGGAGCUUGAGAAGGUCGUGAACAGUAGCAAGGAGAAAAUAAAGAAUCAAAAGGCCCAAAUUAAGCUCCACUUGUCGACUAAGGCGAAUAAUACUCAGAAUGUAGAGAGGAUGAAGCAAAUAGAAACAGAAUUGAGGCAAAUGGAGCUAAUUAAGGAUCAAUAUCAGAAAAAAAAUUAUGAACAGUCGCUGAGCAUCCAGAAGUUCGUGUCUGAAAUGACCAACCUACAGGAGGAGAUGCAGCUCUUGGCCAAGAGCCAGUACGAGACCUCGGCGCGGAACAAGCAGCAGGAGCUGCGCCUCGAGGCGGAGAGGAAGAGGAGGCAGGACCUGGAGGGCCGGUGCCAGGAAUUGGAAGAAACGAUCAGACACCUAAGGAAAUGUAAAGAGGCAACAGAGCAUAAACUGAAAGAAGCCAGUGUAGAAUCAGAACAGAUAACAGCUAACCUGGAAGAAGCCCAUCGCUGGUUUAAGUGUAGGUUUGACGGCCUCCAACUUGAGCUGACAAAAAACCGGUUGCAGAGGCUUCCCCGAGAAGACAGGUGGCUGGAAGAGGACCACGGUAACAAGCAUGAUGUUGCAUCCGGCCAGUCUGCUCUACACCGAUGGGAGAAUAAACAGAAUCUUAAACUUGUGCCCAAGAAGUGUCAUUCUGAACUUCAGAGAAAGUGAUGUCCUUGACAGAGGCUUCAUCUAGAGCUACACCGCCAUGAUUUCCGAGCCCAGCGUCCCGGGCUGGACUUUCCCGCAGUCAUCAGAACAUGAAGUCUUUGAUGUGGGCUGAAGAUUUUGGACUUGAGUUUCUCAUAUUAUGAACUUGCUGGUAUCAGUACAGAACCACCCCAUCUUAUUUGUCCUUUUCCCCCAUUUUCCACCCAAUAAAUUUAUAUUAAUUUGUUGUAUGAUAA